AUGAAUGUACAACAAAUGGUUUCCUAUUGUUCCACGGGUAUAAUCAUUUUUGGAGCAGUAAUGAAUAUCAUCUUUAUCUAUGUGAUAAGGAACGGAACAAGGACCUGUGUUGGUCGAGUCUAUAAAAAUAUCAUGACAUGUUUUGCAGUGUGCAAUAUCGGCUUUAUAAUAAUGGAAUUCAUUGCCAAGCCUGGUAUCCACAUAUACGGCACAUCUAUAGCGGUAGUCAGCAAUGGUAUCUUUCAACGAGUGAAACCAUGGGGUUUUCUUUCGCUCUGUGUAUUUCUAGGAAUGUAUGGUGUCACAACCGCCCUUCUAGCGUUUCAUUUUGUCUACAGAUAUAUCGUCGUUUGCAAGCCACAUUUGCUUCGUAUAUUUCAUGAACCAGUCUGCAUCGUUACCGUGACUGUAUGUGUUCUUUCUUGGGGUUCUGCAUAUGGCAUCAUAACGUUCUAUUGCUUUGCCUCCAGCGACAACUACUACAAUUAUGCAAAUGCGUCUAUUUAUGCAAAAUUCGGAGUGGAUGCCAACAGACUGUCCUACUUCUGCGUCUUUACCCAUGAAGUAAAAGAAGAUGUUACAAUAAUUAAUUGGCCCUCAACAAUAGGCCUGUUCAUAGUUUUUAUUAUGAUGGUAUUCACGUUUGCCCUGAUGAUAUUCUGCGGCUUUCAAAUGUACCGGACACUAAAGAAAUCUUCCAUGAGUCGGAAGUCAAUGAAGUUGCAGACUCAAUUGUUGAAAGCGUUAGUUGUACAGGUAGGGCUCUUCAUGAUGAUUUGUUUAUUCUUCGUCUUUGAGGAAAUGUAUUCAGGCAGUCAUUCCUUUUUUCACUUCAUAUUUAUCACGAAUCGUGAUGUACACAAGCGUCAUUAUGGGGCUUCGUCCAUCUCCGUAAGUGAAACUAGAAUAUACUCGUUCACACCGCUGUUUCUGACAAUCUACACUGUGAUGGAUCCCAUUGCAAUAAUGCUCUUCGUAUGUGACUAUCGCCAAGUAGUCGGCAAUCUCAGAAAACACGUACACCUCAUUACUAAAGUCGCAGCAAAACUGUUCGGCAAAUCUGUGGUGGCUGAAGGCCUAUCGCCUUCAACAACACCAAUAAGCAAGGACUAUCGAACAGGAUGGGCGGCAACCACAGCGUUCUAU